AAGCAACAUGGCGGCGGCCACAAGCUUCAACGCUCUCUCUUGAUCGUCGUCAUUUUAGUUCCAAACCUUUCUUGAAGUACACGACACGUCAGUCAUUUUUUGGUCAAAUCGUUCUUGUUUGGAAGCAAUUUGUGCGGUUCCAGAAUGUCCCGGCUCGCGGUGGUCUGCGGGGGCUCCAGGGGCAUCGGGAUGGCAGUGUCCCGGCUGCUGGCGGCGCGGGGCUGCAGGGUGGCUGUGGUGUCCAGAAAUGAAGAGACAGCUCGAGCGUGCGUGGCUUCUCUACACGGAGUCGACCACAUGUGGUUCGGCUGCGACGUUUCCAAGGAGGCGGAGGUGCAGACGACCUUUGCAAAGAUCCACACGAGCUGUGGAGCCAUCUGUUACCUGGUGAACGCUGCUGGUGUCAACAAGGACGCUCUGCUGCUGAGGAUGAAGCCAGAGGACAUGGUGCAGUUGCUCCACACCAACCUGCUGGGCACCAUGCUGACCUGCAGGGCGGCGCUGCGGAGCAUGCUGCACGCACAAGGAGCAGCCAUCGUGAACAUUGGUUCUGUCGUGGGGCUGAAGGGCAACACGGGUCAGAGCGUCUACAGCGCCACAAAGUCUGGCCUGGAGGGAUUCACGCGUUCACUUGCUAAAGAAGUGGCCUCACGACACGUUCGGGUCAACCUGCUGGCCCCUGGGCUCAUCCACACCGACAUGACUGCGGAGCUGAGGAAGGACGAAGGUCGGCGAAACAUCCCGCUGGGAAGGUACGGCGAGCCAGAGGAGGUCGCCCAGGCCGUCCGCUUCCUGCUGGAGUCCAGCUACAUCACCGGCCAGGUGCUUGUUGUGGAUGGAGGCCUCCAGCUGAACAUGUGACCUCCGUUCUCAAUACGUGAAGCUUUACAGACACAAUCCGACUCAUCCUCUGGUGGCUCAGCCCCCCCCACCCACCUGACUCACUGCUGACUCCAGACUGUCUGCUGCGCCUCAGACCUCUGCACCCGGGGGUCUUAAAUCCAACCUCUAGAUUUACACGGCUGGUCUUUUUCCAUGACAGCGACCAGCGCCUCACUGGUCACAGUGAUCACAGUGAUCACGUCUGGUCCUCCAGUGAGACCCCCCUCACAGCCCGCGCGUCGCCUCUCUCCUGACUCUUGGAGGGGCCGCGCACAUUGCGCCGCAGCUGGAGGAAAUGAAUGUGGUGGGGGUCGGGGACGGGGUAUUUUUAGCUCCGAAUGUUUUCAGUGUCUAGUUACUGGCCAGUCCUGCAGCGAGGAGGAAUGGAGAUUAGGCAACGUGCCCCCCGACAUCAUGUUUAUUACAGAUUUGUGUUGUCACCAUCCGUCAGAAUGAGGUUGAUACAUUUUUUUACAUUACGUUGAGGAUUUUUCAUGCCACUUUGAUCUUUGAUUCCAUAGAAACUUGUUUCACUUCCUGUCAUACUAGCCGCACAACACAACAACAUGUUUUUUUCUCCAUCAUUAUACAGUACUAUUCACAUCCAAGCGUUUUGGCUCACAGAUCUUUGUGGCUCACGCCUGCCUUGUCUGUCAGUAUUGCUAUCACUUUUGUUGUUUUGAAUACAAAAACCACAAAUUAAUGUUUUAUAAUGGCGAAAAUGGAAGAUUCCACUGUGACAAACCGUCAUUAGAAAACAACCGUUUAAUAAGACUCGACGCUAUUCAGAAAAGGUUUGUCUUUAUUAACGUCCAUAUCCUAAAAUAACAUCAGAAGAAUCCAUAUACAGGCAUUGAAUGGCAUUAAAAAUGUGCAAACACAGUAACAGUCAGCAGACGAUCAAAACCAGGCGAGUGUUUCUCGGGUGACCGAAAGAGUUGCUAUAAAUAUAUUUUUUGAUUCCACGUCCUCUUCUUCUCCUUCAUUAAAACAUGGUAUGUAAAGGUUUGGCACUGUCGCCAAGAGUAACAUGCAAGGAAAGUGUGUGAGUUUGUUAAGCCCAGAAGUGAUUUAAGGCAGUUAAUAUGUUUGUAGAAAGAUAUAUCGAAUUAUCAGUGAAAGUCUGUCAAAAACAUUGACAUAAAUGACGUCAAAAUCUUUGGGAAAAGAAGAGUUUUUGCUGCUUGAAUACAAAAAUAAAUGGGAUACUCUGUGACUUGUGGGUGAAGGAAUCUUCCAUGCUGACGUUAUUGGAACAAACCUUCAGCUCCUCCAACAUGACCUCAUGUGAACUCUCAACCCACACGUGCACCCACACUGCCACUUGUGUCGCAAAAAAAACGUGCUUUUUCUUUUCUGAUUAUAAGAUUUCAACUCAAGUUCUGCGGCGUCUCCAAACCAAAACAGUCUCUUCCUCCUUGUGUAGUUAUUCAUCACAUUCAAACAGUUUACAAUCAUGAGAGGCACUUGAAUCGGGUCACUUUGUGAUAGAGUCUGGUAAACAGGUCCAGUUGAUUCGAUGGCGCCCGGCGGACUUAACCUCGGGUUGUGUUACGUUUCUAUGAAAACCUCGGCGAUGUCGCUCAGUGUUCCCUCAAAGAAGCUCCCCUCCAGUCUCAGGGCUGCUGGUGGAGAGGACGGGGGAC